UUGAAAUAAUUAACAAGAAUGUAGGAUAUUUUAUUACAUACAUGUUCGCAUCACUGUUGGAUAACCGGCAACUUGGCAAGCGACUUAGGUGCUUCAGUGCCUGCUUCCCGAAACAAAAGAACCGCCGACUGUUUCCAAGUUGUCAAUUAUGUAGGAUGGACGAGGCAGGCAGCCCAGGAUGCUAGGUUUCCGACAAGGCAAGGGGACCGUCCCGUCGCGGAAGGAUAUCCGCCCAGGUCCAGUCGGGUCCAUCGGUAAAACGGACAAAUACAAGACCAAGUACAAGCAGAUCCGGAAGCUUGUCAAGGAACUUAUUUUCGAAAAUGCAGCGCUUUGCGACCAGAUAGCGAUCCUCCAAGAGAAGACGCUGCUCCUCAUCGAGGAGCGCAGUUUCCUAUUCAAAAAGCUUCAACAGUACAACCCUUCAGGAGAUUUUGAAGGGUUUAGAAUGCCGAUUCCAACCAGUAUUGAUAAUGUGAUUCCAAAAAAACCAAACACAAAUAAAAAGAAGAGCGAGAAAAGUUUCAUAGAAUCUCCUGACAUGUUUAAAUCUUCAAAGUUGAAAAAGCCUCCCGUUCCAAGGAAGAAGAAGAUCGUUAAGUCGAUCCCACUAGACGCAAGUGGAAAACCGAUUUUCCCCAUCGUUCUCGGCGAUUUCACCGUGCACAGCCUCGGAGAAGUAUGUGAAAAGCCAGAUUAUCACACUGAAGAUCUCAUUUAUCCCAUUGGCUACUGUUCUACGAGGAUUUACGGAAGUUUGAAAGACCCAGAGAAACAGUGUGUUUAUACUUGUAAAGUCAUGGAUGGUGGCUCUGCACCGAGGUUUGAAAUAGUUGCUGAUACAGAUCUGGAUGUUCCGAUCAUGAGCGCUUCUAUUGAUCAAUGUCACUCGAUGCUACUUUCUCAUAUUAACGCAUGCCUAGGCACCGAGGUUGUCAAUGCAAAGGGCCGGGGUGCUGAUUUCUUUGGCAUAUCCCAUCCCACGAUACAUCACCUAAUCCAGGGCUCACCUGGGGUUCGUAAAUGUAAGGGAUACGUCUGGACCAAAUUCGAGAUUAACCCAAAUUAUGAGUACGUAGCGGAUGAGAUGGAAGCAUCGCUCAGUUACAAUGCUCUCCUAAGAAGUAUAUUGUUUUCAAAAUCACAUCUUGAAUCAAUGAUCAAACAUGAAUCUUCUAGUAGUGAUUAUUUGGAGGAUGUGAACACUCUCAGAAAUAUGUUGCUGUCUUAAUUAUAUUUGAUUUUAUUAUUUUUAAAUAUUAAUUUACUGUAAAUUUGU